AUUCACAGGUACCUUAGGUACCUUAUACCAGACAAUAGAGUUCAUUUUAAUCGACGCUUCCAGUUUACUUGGCUUACUCCGGCAAGAGCAAGUACUUACCUGCAAUGUUACCUCCUAUUCCCCCCAAGUUGCAGCAGUCAUCUUCAUGAUCUCUGGUCAUGCUAUAAUUUCGCAUUGACAGCUAGUUUAGCCCGAACGUCUUCUAUUCUUUGGCUCUGGCCGUAACACAUGCUAACCCCUAUCCACACCGAUCUACGACAGUUCUAAAUAUUUACAACAUGACAUCAGGGACCACACACCACCAGAGAGGAUUUGCAAUUUCCACGGCGAAAGACAAUUAUGUCACCAGAGGACUAUUUCACAUUCCUCGCGAUGAAGAAGACUCUACCUUCGAUAUAGGUAAUACUCACAAGCGGUCUGGCAUUCAUAAUCUGAAUCGGACUGGCUACCACGAGGAUAAAUGCCGCAACGUGCUUGUAAGAUAUUGCGCACACAUUCCGAGAAACUACCAAUACAAGGAUGGCAUCCAACAGAUCUUUUUGAUUUUACGUGAACAUCUUGGCGACGAGAAUCUCGACCUUGCGGGCGGCGUGCUUUAUGAACUGAUCGAGGUCGACUGUGAACACACGGAUGAUCCGGGCGCAGCCUUCCAACGAUGGAAGCAUGAUCAUUUACGUAGAUAUGCCGACCUCGAACUCCCCCACGUCCCUCAUAUGACCACCAUUACUUCGUCAAUCAUUCCUACUAAGCGACUCUCACAGUGGAGAUCGACACACCCAAAUAGAUAUCCUUUCGUAUUAUCCGACUCAUCACCUUCAACCGAGAGAGCAUCAAUCGACCCCAGCUGUAUACGGCACCGGAAGGCGUGGAUGAUUGAUCAUACACUGUAUAUAUCUUCGCGAAAUGAUGGUACUCGUCCACUUAAUAGCCCGAAUCCAAAGGAAUUUCACGAGAGGCAAUGGGAUGACGGAUAUGGAUCUCAAGGCAGACUCAUCGAAGAGCGAGAUGUACCCAUUAUCACCGCGGAUCGUCCAAGCGAGACGUCACCUCCAGGGACCGCAGACAAUCUUCUUAAACCGCUGAGUCAUCGAAAAGGACUUCAACGCUGCUCAUCCGGAAUUAGUCUUCUCCAGAGGCUAACAGACAAGAUUUCAUUGCAUAAACGUGAGCAUAGAACAGCACAGAAACGGCGUACCUGGAGACCAGGUGCCCUCAUAUUCGAGCAAACGCCUUCACAGCUCCUGGAUAAAGAGACUAGUUCCGAUGUUACCACAGUACCCCUUCCAGUUGGUUGUAAAGUACCAAAUGCAAUAUUUGCCAGAAAAUACUUACUUGUUGAGGCUAGCGAUUCGCUACCCGAGUCUCUAUUUUUCAGACAAAUGCCUACUGCUGAAUCAAAGGCCACCGACACACUAGUGGAAGCCGCAGCUCAUGGACUAUUAGAAAAAUCACAAUCCUGGCUGUUUCGCGGACCCUUUACGCCGCAACUAGGCUUCGAUGGAGGAUUAGAUUAUCAAUGGACUCCUCUGGAACCGACUAUUACUUUCAGAAGGUUCCAUGUGGAUGCUCAGGCUCAAGAUAUGACGGAUUUGAAGCCAGUUAGUAGAGUCGAAGUGGAAAAGCCGAAAACGAGCGAAAAUUAUGUGACCCUUAAACGGACUUCGACAAAGAGGCAAGGAAUAAUUUUCAGCUUAGCGACAGGAGUCAACGAUGAUGACGAGUUUACUCGGAGGUCGCCAAACUAUACCACCUCAAGUAGCGCCACAUACGGUGACCCAAGCGUGACCGUACCGCGCAGCAUUGAUGGAGCAGUAUGUUUGUCGCUGCAGCUUCAAGGGCCUUCGACUUCAACUGAUCGAGGAGACUUGGCACUCUUGACUUCUAGCGAAGUUGAGUCGUCAGACAUAGGAAGGUUCAUAUUAAACGUAUAAAUCUUAGGUAUAUGGAUGUAUACUAACUCUGAGUGAAUAUUCUAGGAAAGAGUGUUUAUCGCGCCGCCGAGACUCUUUAAUUUUCCAAAAUAUCGAGUUUACAAUGCCGGUAGAUGGCUCCGAGUUAGAUAGCCCAACGCCCAAUCGGAAGGUUACUGUGGUUGAGUUAGAGCCGAGUCGGGGUUCGCUCACGUCCGAUUACGACUACAACAGAGUCGAAGAAACUUUAGACGAUAAAAGCUUCCAUCGGAUCAACAAUGAGAAAGAGGGCGUUUCAACAUUUGAUGGGUCAGUUGUUCGUAUAGAAUCUGGUGGACCUUGUUUCUGCGGUAUGUCUCAGGGGACGACGGUCGAGAAGCUUCCCUCACGGAAAUUCAACGAAGAGGUUG